CCCUCCUCGGCCACACAAAGGCCCGUCUCCAUGGCAGCCGCGCGGGCCGGAGCGCAGCGCAGUGCGCGGCCCGGGCGCCAUCGAGCCUCGGCGGCGGACGAGCAGAGAGUCCUGAUGCCAGCCUGGAGCAGAGACUGAGCAGGACCACUGGAUCCUUGAGUUCCAGAGGCAAUGGCUAUGCCACUCUGGACCCUGACCCUUUUGGGCCUGAUGGGCAUGGGUACGAGCCUGCGGUCCCGCAAGCUGGACUUCUACCGCAGCGACACAGAGCUGAACCACCUGGUUGUGGAUAAGGCCUCAGGCAUGGUGUACGUGGGAGCAGUGAAUGCUCUCUACCAGCUGAGCGCCGACCUGCAUCUCCAGCAACAGGCAGUCACAGGCCCUGCCCUGGACAACAAGAAGUGCACGCCGCCCAUCGAGCCCAACCAGUGUCAUGAGGCAGUGCCUACAGACAACAUCAACCAGCUGCUGCUGCUGGACCCGCCUGGGAAGCGCCUGGUCGAGUGUGGCAGCCUUUUCAAGGGCAUCUGUGCCCUGCGAGCCCUGAGCAAUGUUUCCACGCGCCUCUUCUAUGAGGACGGCAGUGGCGAGAAGUCCUUUGUGGCCAGCAAUGACGAGAGUGUGGCCACAGUGGGACUGGUGAGCGCUACACGCCCUGAUGGCAGUGAGCGUGUGCUAUUUGUGGGCAAAGGCAAUGGGCCACAUGACAACGGCAUCAUUGUCAGCACCCGACUGCUGGACCGAGCUGAGGGCAGGGAGGCCUUUGAGGCCUAUUCAGACCACACCACCUUCAAGGCCGGCUACCUGUCCACCAACACACAGCAGUUCGUGGCAGCCUUUGAGGAUGGCCUCUAUGUCUUCUUCAUCUUCAACCAGCAAGACAAGCACCCUGCCCGCAACCGCACACUGCUGGCACGCAUGUGCAAAGAUGACCCUUCCUACUACUCUUACGUGGAGAUGGACCUACAGUGCCAUGACCCCAAUGACCUCCAGGGCCGUGACCCCAGUGACCUCCAGGGUCCUGCCUUCGGUGCCUGCCUGGCAGCCUCUGUGACCGCGCCAGGGGCUGGGAGGGUACUCUAUGCUGUGUUCAGCAGGGAUGGCCGCAGCAGUGGGGGGCCUGGAGCAGGCCUCUGCCUGUUCCCACUGGACGAGGUUCAUGCUAAGAUGGAAGCCAAUCGAAACACCUGCUACACAAGCACCCGGGAGGCAGGCCGUGACAUCUUCUACAAGCCUUUCCACGGCGAGAUUCAGUGUGGUGGCCAUGUGCUAGGUGCCAGCUUCCCGUGUGGCUCAGAGCACCUUCCCUACCCGCUGGGUAGCCGUGAUGGACUCACUGCCACAGCCCUGCUGCAGCGUGGGGGCCUCAAUCUGACAGCGGUGACAGUAACUGCUGAGAACAACCACACUGUUGCCUUUUUGGGCACCUCAGAUGGCCGGAUCCUCAAGGUGUAUCUUGCCCCAGACGGCACCUCCACGGAGUAUGGCUCUAUCCUUGUGGAGAUCAACAAGAGAAUCAAGCAGGACCUGGCACUGUCUGGAGACCUGUCCAGUCUGUACGCCAUGACCCAGGACAAGGUGUACCGGCUCCCAGUGCAGGAGUGUCUGAGCUACCGGACCUGCGCACAGUGCCGUGAUUCCCAGGACCCCUACUGUGGUUGGUGUGUUGUAGAGGGACGGUGCACCAGGAGGAUUGAUUGUUCACGAGCUGAGGAAACUGGCCAUUGGCUGUGGAGCCGGGACAAGUCCUGCGUGGCCAUCACUGAUGCCCAGCCACAGAAUAUGAGUCGGCGGGCUCAGGGGGAGGUGCAGCUGACCGUCAGCCCCCUCCCCACCCUGACUAAGGAGGAUGAGUUGCUGUGUCUUUUCGGUGAAUCGCCACCACACCUUGCUCGCGUGGAGGGGGACGCAGUUGUCUGCAGCUCCCCAGGCAGUAUCCCCAGCACACCACCGGGCCAGGAUCAUGUGGCCGUGAGCAUCCAGCUCCUCUUCAGACGUGACAAUGUCUUCCUCACCUCCCACCAGUACCCCUUUUAUGACUGCCGGGAGGCCAUGAGCCUGGUGGAGAACCUGCCGUGUAUCUCCUGUGCUAGCAACCGCUGGACCUGCCAGUGGGACCUGCGCUACCACGAGUGUCGGGAGGCUUCCGUCAACCCCGAGGAUGGCAUCAUCCGUGCCCACAUGGAGGAUAAUUGUCCCCAGUUCCUGGACCCCAGUCCUCUGGUCAUCCCCAUGAACCAUGAGACAGAAGUGACCUUCCAGGGCAAGAACCUGGACACCGUGAAGGGCUCCUCCCUGCAAGUGGGCAGUGACUUGCUGAAGUUCGAAGAGCCAGUGACCAUGCAGGAGCCAGGGACCUUCUUCUUUCGGACCCCAAAGCUGUCCCAUGAUGCCAAUGAGACGCUGCCCCUUCAUCUGUAUGUCAAGUCCUAUGGCAAGAAUAUCGACAGCAAGCUCCAAGUGACCCUCUACAACUGCUCCUUUGGUCGUAGCGACUGUAGCUUGUGUCUGGCCGCAGACCCUGCUUACAGGUGCGUGUGGUGCCGUGGGCAGAAUAGAUGUGUGUAUGAGGCUCUGUGCAGCAAUGCCACUUCUGAGUGCCCGCCGCCUGUUAUCACCAAGAUCCAGCCUGAGACAGGCCCGCUAGGCGGGGGCAUCCGUGUCACCAUCCUUGGGUCCAAUUUGGGAAUCAGAGCCGAUGAUGUUAAGAGGAUCACUGUAGCUGGCCACAACUGUGCCUUUGAGCUGGAACGGUACUCUGUGUCCACCAGGAUCGUGUGUGCAAUUGAGGCUGCAGAGGCUCCCCUUACUGGAGGUGUGGAGGUGGAUGUCAACGGGAAGCUUGGCCACUCACCACCUGGUGUUCAGUUCACUUACCAAGAGCCCCAGCCCUUCAGCGUGGAGCCAAGGCAGGGCCCUCAGGCAGGUGGCACUACACUGACCAUCAACGGCACCCACCUGGACACAGGCUCCAAGGAGGAUGUGCGGGUGACCCUCAACGACGUCCCUUGUGAAGUGACGAAGUUUGGGGCACAACUGCAGUGUGUCACAGGCCCCCAGUCGGCACCCGGCCAGGUGACCCUAGAGAUCUCCUAUGGGGGCUCCCGCGUGCCCAGCCCCGGUGUCUCCUUCACCUACUGCGAGAACCCAGUGCUGCGGGCCUUUGAACCACUGCGAAGCUUUGUCAGUGGUGGCCGCAGCAUCAACGUCACUGGCCAGGGCUUUAGCCUUAUCCAGAAGUUUGCUAUGGUUGUUAUCGCUGAGCCCUUGCAGUCCUGGAGGCGACGGCGGGAGGCUGGACCCCUGCAGCCCACGACGGUCACAGGCACCGAGUACGUGUUCUACAACGACACCAAGGUUGUCUUCUUGUCCCCGGCCGUCCCUGAGGAGCCCGAGGCCUACAAUCUUACAGUGCUGAUACAGAUGGAUGGGCACCGCGCCCUGCUCAGGACUGAGGCUGGCUCCUUUGAGUAUGUGGCAGAUCCCACCUUUGAGAACUUUACAGGCGGCGUCAAGAAACAGGUCAACAAGCUCAUCCAUGCCCGGGGCACCAACCUGAACAAGGCAAUGACGCUGCAGGAGGCUGAGGCGUUUGUGGGUGCUGAGCGCUGCAUCAUGAAGACGUUGACUGAGACCGAUCUGUACUGUGAGCCCCCUGAGGUGCAGCCCCUGCCCAAGCGGCGGCAGAAGCGGGACACGACGCACAACCUGCCGGAGUUCAUUGUGAAAUUUGGCUCCCGUGAGUGGGUGCUGGGUCGUGUGGAAUACGACACACGUGCAAGUGAUGUACCACUCAGCCUCAUCCUGCCACUGGUCAUUGUGCCCAUGGUGGCCGUCAUCGCUGUGUCCAUCUACUGUUACUGGAGGAAGAGCCAGCAGGCCGAGCGGGAGUAUGAAAAGAUCAAGUCCCAGCUGGAGGGCUUGGAGGAAAGUGUGCGUGACCGUUGCAAGAAGGAGUUCACAGACCUGAUGAUCGAAAUGGAAGACCAGACGAAUGAUGUGCAUGAGGCAGGUAUCCCCACGCUGGACUACAAGACCUACACUGAUCGUGUCUUCUUCCUGCCCUCCAAGGACGGAGACAAGGAUGUAAUGAUCACUGGCAAGCUGGACAUCCCUGAGUCCCGGCGGCCCAUCGUGGAGCAGGCCCUCUACCAGUUUUCCAACCUGCUCAACAGCAAGUCUUUCCUCAUCAAUUUUAUCCACACCCUGGAGAGUCAGCGGGAGUUCUCCGCCCGUGCCAAGGUCUACUUCGCAUCCUUGCUGACGGUGGCGCUGCACGGGAAGCUGGAGUACUACACGGACAUCAUGCGCACGCUCUUCCUAGAGCUCAUGGGGCAGUAUGUGGUGGCCAGGAAUCCCAAGCUGAUGCUGCGCAGGUCUGAGACGGUGGUGGAGAGGAUGCUGUCCAACUGGAUGUCCAUCUGUCUGUACCAGUACCUCAAGGACAGUGCCGGCGAGCCACUGUACAAGCUCUUUAAGGCCAUCAAACACCAGGUGGAGAAGGGGCCAGUGGAUGCUGUGCAGAAGAAGGCCAAGUACACCCUCAAUGACACGGGGCUGCUGGGGGACGAUGUCGAGUAUGCGCCUCUGACCGUGAGUGUGAUCGUCCAGGAUGAAGGGGUCGACGCUAUCCCAGUCAAGGUCCUCAACUGCGACACCAUCUCUCAGGUCAAGGAAAAGAUCAUCGACCAGGUGUACCGCACACAGCCCUGCUCCUGCUGGCCCAAGCCUGACAGUGUGGUCCUUGAGUGGCGUCCUGGGUCCACAGCCCAGAUUCUGUCAGACCUGGACCUGACCUCCCAGCGGGAAGGCCGAUGGAAGCGGAUCAAUACCCUCAUGCACUACAAUGUCCGGGAUGGAGCCACCCUCAUCCUGUCCAAGGUGGGAGUGUCUCAGCAGCCAGAGGAUAGCCAGCAGGACCUGCCUGGGGAGCGCCAUGCCCUUCUGGAGGAGGAGAACAGAGUGUGGCACCUGGUGCGACCAACCGAUGAGGUAGACGAGGGCAAGUCCAAGCGUGGUAGCAUGAAAGAGAAGGAGAGAACCAAGGCUAUCACCGAGAUCUACCUGACACGGCUGCUCUCGGUCAAGGGCACACUGCAGCAGUUUGUGGACAACUUUUUCCAGAGUGUGCUGGCACCUGGGCAUGCGGUGCCACCUGCAGUCAAGUAUUUCUUUGACUUCCUGGAUGAGCAGGCAGAGAAGCAUGACAUCAGAGAUGAGGACACAAUCCACAUCUGGAAGACCAACAGUUUACCACUCCGGUUCUGGGUGAACAUCCUUAAGAACCCACAUUUCAUCUUCGAUGUGCACGUCCACGAGGUAGUGGACGCCUCGCUGUCAGUUAUUGCACAGACCUUCAUGGAUGCCUGCACACGCACGGAGCACAAGCUGAGCCGUGACUCCCCCAGCAACAAGCUGCUUUAUGCCAAGGAGAUUUCUACCUAUAAGAAGAUGGUAGAGGAUUACUACAAGGGCAUCCGGCAGAUGGUUCAGGUCAGCGACCAGGAUAUGAACACACACUUGGCAGAGAUUUCUCGGGCACACACAGACUCCUUGAACACCCUCGUGGCACUGCACCAGCUCUACCAGUACACACAGAAGUACUAUGAUGAGAUCAUCAACGCCUUGGAGGAGGACCCCGCUGCUCAGAAGAUGCAGCUGGCCUUCCGCCUGCAGCAGAUUGCGGCGGCACUUGAGAACAAGGUCACCGACCUCUGACCUACCAUCAGUGGUGCCACAGGAUGUAGGUGGGUGAUGCCUGUUCCUGGCAUUGAGCAGCCCCUGGUGUUAAGGCCACAUUGGCUAUAGUUGAGCCCUUUUCUUCCCCCAGGAUGCACUCUGGGCGUCUGGAGGGGUGCAGCAGGCCCACCUCCUGCUGUAGACUGUAGCGUCUUUCUCCUGAGCAAUACCGCCUGGGCGCCCGAGCCAGCACCAGCUCCCUCCCACGGCACCAGCAUCGGGUGUUCUCCGUGUUAAGUCGUCUCCUGAGCGACUUGCAAACGUGCCUUACAUAACCACGCCGGGCUGCUGGGGGUAGUGGGGCCUCAGCUUCCCCUCCCUGUGCACCAGCAGCCUCCUCAGAUACCCUGGGUUUGGCCUUGGGUGGGGUCUGAGUGCCUGCAGUCCCCUGGCAAGCUCCUGGACUGUGUGUCUGUCUGCCAGACGGAAGGAGGAAAAAAAGCGGUACGAUGCCUUCCUGACCUCACCUGGCCUCCCCGUGGGGUGCAGGCGCUCCAGGUGGACUCAAGGGCCACUGGCCCCACCUCAAAGGUCAAGCUGGACGUCAGACGUCGGGGCCCAGGUGGCCAGAGGGACCCAGAAGACUGGCAAUCCUGGUCUUGGCCUGUCAGACAGGCUCUCCUGGAGGCUCCACCCAGGUCUAGGGGUGCUGGGAGCAGCUCCACCAGGACCACCCCAACCCCUUUUGUAAAUUGUGUUGAUUGUAAAUCCAAUACAAUUGUCUUUUUCACUCU